AUUAUCAAUUUUGCUGAUUUUAACACAUCUAUAAGUUAAGCUGAAUAAUUUAACUUUAGUAAAUCAUUUUCAAAUUUGAUUCUAUACCAAAAUACCUACACUCAAAAAGUCAAAAUGAAAAUUGUAUUUGUAGCAAUUUUUAUGGUCCUCGUUGUAGCUGCUACAGCUGAUAUCAUUGGUUUACCUCAUUGUGGUGAACACGAGAUUCAAGGAUGUGAGCCUUGUUGUCCUGAGUCAGAAGUAACUUGCCAAAACAAGGUACCUCAGCCAUGUAAUGAACCUUGUUUUAUGAUUUGUAGACAUAAAUGCGUUUGUGAUCAAGGAUACCUUAGAGACACUAGCACCGGAAAGUGUGUACAAAAUUGUCAAUAAUUUAAUCUUAGUAUUUAGUACUUAAAUUGUAAAAAUGUAACGUAAGAAAAAUAAAUAAUUUUAAUUAAU